UUGCCUCUAGGGUUUUUCCAUCGCGCCAGACUCUGCGGCUUAGGCGUCUAUCGGAUCUUCGAAACCCUAAUCAUGGCGGAACAGACGGAGAAGGCUUUUCUGAAGCAGCCCAAGGUGUUUCUUAGCUCGAAGAAAUCGGGAAAAGGAAAGAGACCAGGAAAAGGAGGAAAUCGGUUCUGGAAGAGUAUUGGUUUGGGAUUCAAAACUCCGAGAGAGGCAAUUGAAGGAACAUACAUCGAUAAGAAGUGCCCAUUCACUGGCACUGUUUCUAUAAGGGGACGUAUACUUGCUGGGACCUGCCACAGUGCCAAGAUGGUGAGAACCAUCAUUGUUAGACGUAAUUAUCUACACUACGUGAAGAAAUAUCAAAGGUACGAAAAGAGACACUCUAACAUUCCAGCACACAUAGCUCCUUGCUUUAGGGUAAAAGAGGGAGACCAUGUCAUCAUUGGCCAGUGCAGGCCGUUGUCAAAGACCGUGAGGUUUAAUGUAUUGAAAGUCAUUCCUGCUGGAUCAUCCACAGCUGGUAAGAAGGCCUUCACAGGAAUUUAAGCCCAGAAUUUUCAGGUCCCGUAUUUGUUUAUGUUAAAGAGAUGAUAUGUUAGCAUGAGUUUUUUUCUUUUUUCAGCUAGAUGUUCUUUUCACUUCAUUUGUUGACCGAAUAUCUCAUUAUUGUGAUACUACUACUGCAAUUUUGAUUCCCUAAGUUUUUCUCAUUACCAUCGUGUUUAACUUCUUAAUUUAAUAGCAUAACCUUCAAUGCC